GCCCAGCCUGGGGAAGCCGCAGGCUCAGCGUUCAGUGACCACAGACUGGUUAUUGUAGGUCCAAGUAUGACACCACUUCCUCCUGGAAGCCUUCCCUGAUUUCACUUAUUCCAAGAUCCUGUUACUGGUCUGAGUUAAAGAUAAAUAAGAAUUCAUUUUAAUGCAUAUUUAUUGAGUUCCUACUUGAUGCAUCAAAAUCAGGCCUCUGGUUCCUGCACUCGAAUUCUGUAUCUGUCAAAGCUCUGACAGUUGGCAGAAAAAGGUGGCUGGUGGGGCCCUUGUGUGGCCCAUGGAUGGGAGAGUAGAGAUGGAGAUGUUGAGGACCUUGAAGGGCACUGCUGCUGGGGAGGUCAGCGUCCACCUGGUUGCCAACGACAGCACUGGCCACCUGCCAGCCACCACAUUCAUCAUCCCAGCCAACACCACAACCAUCAGCCUCCCCACCAAUACCUUAGAGAUCCCACGGUUCCCCAGAGAGUCCACACGUGCAGGAGGAUCAGAGCGGGUCCCAGGCAGCGAGCCUGUCACAGCCACGGUCCUCCCCCAGCUCAGUUCAGGACAGGCUGGCAACACUGUCCGAGUGCUUGAGUGGAAGGAUGGGGCAACCUCCCUACCUGGGAGCAACCUACGGCUGCGGAUCAGUGACUAUGGGACGCUGAAGGUGGUGGGCACAGACAAGAUAACCUCCCCAGAGCUGCUCCGGGAAGACUCGGACCCUCAGGGCCCAGUGGGUGAUGCUGCCUCCCAGAUGCAGGAAUGCCCUCAGGGGCGCCAGGAUGAGGAAACUUUGGGCCAUUGCCACAUGUGUGGGCGUCAGAAUGUAUCAGGGCAAAUCAGGGGUUUCUGCAGCGAGCAAUGCCAUCGACAAUUCAAAGAACGGUCUGUGAUUGUGGAGAACUCGGGGGGCAGCACCAACACAUCUGAGCUCCUGAAGCCUGUGAAGAAAAGGAAGAGGAAGGAGUACCAGAGCCCCUCUGAGGAGGAAUCCGAGUCUGAACCUCUGGAGAAACAAGAAGAACGGAAGAGCCUAGAGGCCGAGCCCACUGCUGACACCCCUGAAAGUGAGGAAUGGAGUAGCCAGCCUGGACCUGGUGAGGAGAAGAAGGAUGGGUGGUCAUGGGCUGUGUACCUGGAGGAGCAGAAGGCCAUUGCUGCGCCGCUGGAUCUCUUCCAUGAUUGCCAGGCUUUCCCUCAGAACAAGAAUGGCUUCAAACUGGGCAUGAAGCUGGAAGGAAUAGACCCUCAGCACCCAUCCAUGUAUUUCAUCCUCACAGUGGUAGAGGUUUGCGGGUACCGAAUGCGUCUGCACUUUGAUGGCUACUCUGAGUGCCAUGACUUCUGGCUCAAUGCGGAUUCCCCCAACAUCCACCCCGCUGGCUGGUUCGAGAAGACUGGACACAGGCUACAGCCGCCCAAAGGUAAGGCUUGGCCGAGGCUGGCGCCAGCCCGGUGCAGGCUGGUGGAUGUGUCUGCCCUCUCCUUCCCCUCCUUCCUUAGCCCCCCACUUCUCUCCCACCUGCUGCCCUCCCUACUAAGUCCUGGAGGAAGGGGGAGGGCUUGGUGCUCUUUGGCAGGAGAGAGGCUCCUGGACUGCUUCUGGGGCUGGACAUGGGGGCCCUACUUGACUGCUGGGGUCUGUCCCUUUCAUGCUCCCCUGUCCCCAAGGACCAAGCCAUGCCCCAGCUUCCAUACCCUGCUCUAUUUGUUGCCCCUGAGGGGACUAGGUUACAAGGAGGAGGAGUUCAGCUGGAGCAAUUACCUCCGCAGCACCAAGGCCCAGGCUGCCCCCAAGCACCUGUUUUCCAGCCAUAGCAGCAGCUCAGUGCCCACAGGCUUCCAGGUGGGCAUGAAGCUGGAGGCUGUGGACCGCAUGAACCCCUCCCUCAUCUGCGUGGCUAGUGUCACCGACGUGGUGAACGGGCGUUUCUUGGUGCACUUUGACAACUGGGACGACACUUACGAUUACUGGUGUGACCCCAGCAGUCCUUACAUCCACCCUGUUGGCUGGUGCCAGAAGCAAGGAAAACCCCUCACCCCUCCACAAGAUUAUCCAGAUCCUGAUAGUUUCUGCUGGGAAAAGUACCUAGAAGAGACUGGAACCUCUGCUGUCCCUUCCUGGGCCUUCAAAGUGCGACCACCCCAUGGCUUCCUCAUCAACAUGAAGCUUGAAGCUGUGGACCGAAGAAGUCCAGCUCUGAUCCGAGUGGCCAGCGUGGAGGAUGUGGAAGACCAUAGGAUAAAGCUCCACUUUGAUGGCUGGAGUCACGCCUACGACUUUUGGAUUGAUUCUGACCAUCCUGACAUACACCCUGUGGGCUGGUGCUCCAAGACUGGCCAUCCUCUACAGCCCCCACUCAGACCCAGAGAACCCAGCUCUUCCUCUCCCGGGGGCUGCCCCCCACUCAGCUGUAAGAGCCCACCCCACGUUAAGACCUCCAAGUACAGUUUUCACCACAGGAAGUGCCCCACGCCCGGCUGUGACGGCUCCGGCCACGUCACUGGAAAGUUCACAGCCCAUCAUUGCCUCUCAGGCUGCCCACUGGCUGAGAGGAACCAGGGCCGAGUGAAAGCUGAGCUGUCGGACACCGAGGCCUCUGCACGCAAGAGGAACCUCAUUGGCUUCGCCCCCAGGAAGAAAUCCCGACACCACGGCCGGAUUGGGCGCCCUCCAAAGUACCGGAAAAUCCAGCAGGACGAUUUCCCGGCUUUGCCCCCCGACAACAUGCACCAAUCCUUCUUCAUGUCGGCCUUGCCAGCUCACCCGGGUCGUUCUUUGUCCACAUGCUGGGAGCAACACUGCAAACUUCUGCCGGGGAUAGCAAGUGUCAAUGCGGCAUCGGUGACCAAAUGGACCAUCGAGGAGGUCUUCAGCUUUGUCCAGAUUCUGACAGGCUGUGAUGAACAAGCUAAACUCUUCAGAGACGAGGCUAUACAUAACCAGUUCUUCAAGUAUUCCUGCGAUAGCACGGUUUCCAGACUUCUCAUCAUCCUCAUCGGGCCUCAUUGCUGUGGUCACUCCCUAAUUUGUCAACGUCCCUCCUGAAAAAGGAGUCCCAGAACUGACAACAGAACUGAACAUACAGAACAUUUUAGAUGGUCUGACCAGUGCAGAGUGCAAUGGGAUUCUUACUUCCUUUAUUCUGGGCAAUAGACUUUUACCCAAGGCAGCCUAAUUGUGACCCUUUUAUUUUUUAAGCAGCUGCAUUAUAAUGUUGUUUCACAUUGGACUUGUGUUAUAUAUUAAAACUCCUAGGUCUUUUUCACCUGAGCUGUUGUCAUCUACCCAGGCCCGCCCCAUCCCUCACCCCAUUCCUCUACUUGGACAAUUGAUUAGUUAAAAUAUAUUUGAUUUUAUUGACUUCC